GAGAAGGUUUGUAGAAGAGGAAGGGGCAAAGUGAAAGUUCUGCCUUUAGAUAACAUGCGACAGUAUAGGAUUUCUUUUUACUCUAGAGCCAGUCGUUUAUACUCUCUCGGUCUCCUCUUCCCUUUCAAAACUCUCGAGUUCUAUAUUGAGUUCAAUCGGUUCUAAUACUUCUUCUAGUAGUAUUAUGGCUUCUCAUGGUUCUAAUAAUGUUUUUCUAAGCUUUAGCGGCGAAGAUACUCGUCAUUCUUUUACAGAUCAUCUUUAUUACGCACUAAGGAGAGCAGGAAUUAGUACUUUUAGGGACGAAGAAGAAAUCGAAAGAGGCGAAAAACUGAUGCCGGAGAUCAAGAGAAUAAUCAAAGAAUCUAGGGCUUCGGUAGUUGUAUUCUCAGAGAACUAUGCAACUUCAACAUGGUGUCUAGACGAGCUUGUCCUGAUCCUAGAACAAAGAACGGAGUGCAAUCACUUUGUUCUACCUGUUUUUUAUCACGUCGAUCCUUCGGAUCUGAGGAAGCAUACUAAAACAUUCGCUAUCGAAGUCAAAGCUUCUUCAAGGUGGACAGAUCACAACGUGAACCUGUGGAAGAAAGCUCUCAAAGAGACUGCUGAUUUGGCCGGCAUGGUUUUGUCUGGGUCUGAAGCAGAGUUUCUGAAGGAGAUUGUUGACGUCAUUUACAAUAAACUGGAUCGCAGAGAAGUUAUUCUCCCACCCAAUAUAACAGGGAUGGCCACUCGAUAUGACAAGAUUAGUAUGUGGUUAAAUCAACCCAAUGUUGAAUUUUUAGCAAUUUGUGGCAUGGGUGGAAGUGGCAAGACAACACUGGCCAAAUAUAUUUACGAUUCAAAUUGGAAAACAUAUGAAAACAUGAGUUUUGUUGAAGGCAUUGGCCACAAAUGUGAAGUGCCCGAUGGUUUGCGUAUGUUACAAGAACAACUUCUCAAAGGUAUUUUAGGAGGCAAGAAAAGGAAAAUACCUAGUGUGUUUGAAGGUACAUGGGAGAUUAAGGAGGCCUUACAAACCAAAAGGUCGCUUAUUGUUCUUGAUGACAUUACUGAAGAAAGUCAGUUAAUUGCAUUACUUGGAACUGGGAUGAUUAAUGCACAAAGCAAGAUUAUCAUAACAACAACGAGGGAAAACACAAAUAAUUGGUUUAAGUCCAAAAAUUGGAGGUGUCGAGAUUAUAAAAUGGAACUAUUGAAUGAUGAUGAAUCGUUAGAGCUUUUAAGCCGUCAUGCUUUUGGUUCCAAAGUCCCCAUGGAAGGUUUCGAGGAGCUUGCAGUUCGAGCAAUAAGAUAUUGUGAAGGAAAUCCUUUGGCUCUUGAAGUAUUGGCUUCUUCUCUAUCCAAUAACAAUACCAUUUUACAUUGGAAAAGCCAAUUGAAUUUGCUGGAAAAAGAAAUGGAUUCUAGAAUUCAAAAUGUACUUAUCAUGAGCUAUAAGUCAUUGUCGUUUGACUUAGAAAAAGAGUUAUUUUUGCAUAUUGCUUGUUUUUUUGUUGGCGUAGACAUGGAUUAUGUUGUAAAGAUAUUGGAGCACGAUUACAAUGCAUUGUCGGGGAUCAAAAGCCUAUCCAACAGAUGCCUUCUUUCUGUUUCACCAAACAAGAAACUGAUGAUGCAUCGAUUGGUUCAAGAGAUGGGGAAAAACAUAGUUCGUCAAGAAUCAAGAUUCCCUAUAGAACGUAGUAGAGUUUGGCUUAGUGGAGAAUCUCAUAAAAUAUUGACUAAGGGAGAGGGUUCAAAAUCAAUGGAAGGUUUAGCACUUGACAUGCAAAUGCUAGAUAAACAGAUGUUUACUUUCAAGCCAUCAAACCUCAAGACAGAUGCACUUCAAAAGAUGGAUAGACUAAAAUUGCUCAAACUAAACUUUGUGAAGCUCACGGGGACCUAUGGGAACUUUUCAGAAGACUUAAGAUGGCUCUGCUGGCUUGGAUCCAAUUUAAGAACCAUACCCUCUGACUUAUUCAUGGGAAAUUUGGUGGCUAUAGAUAUGAGCUAUAGCAAAUUGGAAGUAUUUGAACCACCUAUGGUUCUUCAGUCACUGCAGAUUCUGAAUCUUACACACUCACAUGAUCUAUCUGAAAUCCGCAACAUGUCCAUGAUCCCUCAUCUACAGACUUUGAUUCUUUGGAAUUGUCGCAGUCUGACUCGUGUAAGCAAAACCAUUGGAGACCUGAAGAAUCUUACACUACUGAAUAUGACAGGAUGCAAAAAUCUUUGCAAGAGUGUGAAAACAGAUCUAGAUCUAAAAGCUUCUACCUCUGGUGGAAAAGUUACAAAACAACCUACUUUUUCCUUCCCAAGUUCAUUACACCGCUUAUUCCUUAAUGACUGCAAUCUUUACUGUACUGAUUCUUUUCCUCUGAGUUUCAGUGCUCAACAAUGUAUGGAGUACUUGAAUUUAGGCUAUAGUCUAUUUGAGUUUCUGCCUUGUUAUGACCAUCUUAAAAAUCUUCGGGUCCUAGAUUUGACUUCAUGCUCAAUGCUUAAAAGGCUUCCAUGUCUCCCAAGCACACUUGCAGAAUUGUAUAUAUACUAUUGUAAAUCACUGGAGGAAAUAAAUUUCCAAUCACAUCGAUUCACAUUGCAAGAAUUUGGCUAUGAAGGCUGUAUUAGUUUAUUAGAAAUUGAAGGCUUUAUCAAAUUGGUGCCUAUAACCAAACUUGAAGGAAAUGAUUUGGGACAUAUGAAGUGGCUAAAAGAAUAUCAAAAUCAUGAGGUGUGCUUGGUUGGUGAUGACGAGCUCACCAAAGGCAGAAGUUCGUGUGUCCAGAUGUUGUAUGAAUUUGAUAUAAUGAGCACAUCUCUGCCAGACAUGGAGGAUCCAAACAUGAAGUCUACAUAUGUAUCGGAGUCAUCAUCUUUAUCCUUUGACAUGCCUCCUCCUCCCAAGAAUAAAAGGCUCAAAGGAGUUGAUGUAACUUUCAAAUAUACAAUUUCAAGUGAUGAUGAUUGGGUAUGGUUCUGUAAAAUCAAUACAACCAAUGGUGUUGAUUUGAUGUACAACCCCAAAGUCUUUGGCAAACCUGAAUUGGGUGAAGUUGGUAUAUGGUUAAGCUAUUGGCCAAUUGGAAACACGUUGGACAUUGGAGAUAAAGUCAAUGUUUCUAUCGCUGUGAUAAAUGGAUUGGAGGUUCAUGAAUGUGGUGUGAGCCUUGUUUAUACUGAUGAUAAAGUAGCCGAGGAAAACUUGGAAAAUAACAUUGAAUGGAUAGAAGUUCUUGGAGGAGAUUUGUCUGGAUUUCAAUUAAGCACACGAGCAUACUAUCUUUGUCGCCGUGAUUUGUUUGAGUUAAUGGAAGUUGGUAGACUGACUGCUGGUUGGUUUAGUAUUUUAGUUGGUGAUACCAUUGAAUGUACAGAGGUUCGAGGAUGGAGAAAGACAGGUCGACCUAUGCAGUUGAAUCCAUCAUUUACUGAGUUAAAUUUUGUUAGAUGCAUCAUGCAUGGUCCUGAAUCGGAGGAAAUUUACAAGAUUGCAGAGAUGUCAAAAUCAUCAAUCGUAGAUAAAACUUCGGAGUUCACAUCAAGCCUGCUUGGUGAGACCAUGAAAUCUUCCACGUCGUCUAAAUUUGGAGAAACAACAAUAAAGGAAUUAAAUGAGAUGAAGAAGUCAACUUCAAGCACACAUGGUGAGAAGUUGAGAUCACUGGUUGCACAUGGUGGUACCAGCGAGACUGAGAUAAUGGCGUCAACUGAUUAUCAAGGUUCAUCGUCUCCACGUUUUCAGCCUUUAAGACUGAGUAUGAAACGAGCUCCAGCGAUUCAUGAGGCCACCAGUCAGGAACAAGAAGAGGUUGAAGUGUUUCAAAGACAUGUAACCCAAAGGUUUAUCGAUUUGUCUCAAAUCGAUUCUCAUGAAUUCCUUUCUCUUUCCUGGGUUUAUAAUCUCCUAGAUGUUUUCCUAUGUUGUGAAGAAGAAUUCAAAGCCAUAUCAUUCAACAACCAAUCUUACAUGACGUAUAAGUUAGUUUUGGAUUAUUUCGAGAGGAGCGUCAAAGGAUUAGAUAUUUGUAAUGCAAUUAGAGAUGGAAUUGAACAGAUCCGACAAUGGCAUAAACAACUGGAGAUCAUUUCACAUGCUUUGGGAAAUCAACGAUAUCUUGGAGAAGGUCACUUCCGGCGAGCCAAAAAGGCGAUAAUCGAGUUAACAAUUGGGAUGCUUGACAAUCAACAAUCCAACUCCGCUCAUAGAAACAGAUCCUUUGGUAAAGAUCCUCAAAAUUAUCAAAAAUCCUUGAAGAAAUUCAAAUCAUUCUCAUGGAGUGUUUCAAGAUCUUGGUCGGCUUCAAAUCAACUUCAAGCAAUUGGGAACAACAUUGUUCCUCCCAAGGCUACCGACGUCAUUCGUGUACCUGUAGCUGUAGCUGUUUACACAAUGAGCAAUGUAUUGUUAUUCGUGAUGUGGGCUUUGGUAGCUGCAAUCCCUUGUCAAGAUCGUGGACUAGAAUCCCAUUUCAACAUACCCAAGAAUUUCAAUUGGGGUUCUCCGAUUACUGGUCUGCACGAGAGAAUUUUGGAGGAAUCGAAGAAGACAGGGAGGAGAAAUGCUUGUGGAUUGUUGAAGGAGAUUGAAAGCAUUGAGAUUUCUACUCGUUUUAUAAACGAAUUGUGUGAUUCGUUGCAGUUUCCAUUGACGGAAGAACUGGAAUUGGAGGUGAGAAAGAGGGUGGAGGAAGUGGAUAUGGUGUCUGAAGCUAUUAAGAAUGGUCUGGAUCCAUUGGAGAAGCAAGUGAGAGACGUUUUUCAUCGAAUUGUGAGCACUAGAACACAAGCACUCAAUUGACGAAUCUGUUAAUUAAAUUAAAUCAGAUAUGUAUAGACAAUAUAAUUAGGAUAUGAAUUGUAUUUGGAGAUCUUUGUACAUGUUCAUGUGUUUAUCUUGUGUAGUUGCAUCUAAUUAACUAUUUCUUCUUACGUUUAAUGGUAUGUUUUUAGUUUAA